AUGCGGUGGCCAGCUCCGCCCGAGAGGCGAGAGAUUGCCCUCGUUCUCCUCUCUCUAAUCGCAUAUUUCUUCGCCUACAAUCUCGACGCCUCGCUCAACCUAAUUGGCGUCGACCCCCAGGCCACACAAGGGGCCCUCUUUCGCAAUAUCGGUCUUGGAAAGACCAGAGUCAUCGGACCAGAUGGGCGGAAGCCGCCUGGAUGGCGAGACCCACUGGAGAUGGAUAUUUAUGGCGAGUGGCAGUGGGAAGAAGGACACGUCGCGGGCGAGGGCAAGGAGCGCAGCCAACCGACGGUCAGUGGGAGGCAUGGUGCGACGUGGCGGGCGCAGCAGGAGAUGAUGAACACGUCGCCGGGGGAUCAGAGUUUCUCAGAGUCUACGGUGGACAACGCCCUGCAGCGGUGGGGAGAGGACGUCCCGCAGACACAGGUUGUAAAGCAUGUCCCAGGAUACUCUAUCCUGGACAAUGUUGUUCUUCUCAACAGGACGUUCUAUCUCGUGACAGACAACAAGCAUGCAUUCCCGUCAAUACCAACGAUUGUCUCAAGUCAAGGCACUGGUUAUGCGGAGUGGAAGGUGAUCUCUUUACGGGAAGGUCGAGAAGUUCUCGGAACAUACGGCUCAACCAUUCGUGGUGUUUCCUGGAUGUCAGCCGACUCACAACCAGACAACUCUACCCUCUUUGCGUUAUGGCGGACGUACAGCUCUCUCGAUACAUCGAUAGACGAAACUGGCCGCACAAAGCUCGCCCCACCCCAUAGGCUUAUCUUUCCGCAUAGUCACGUCUUCACCGAUACUGGCGUUGAUCCCGACCAUUACUGGGAGAAGCGACGACGCGCUGACACCGGUUUCCACCCUUAUCUCGCGAAAGCCGCUUUCCCUCAACUCACUGCGCAGUACCUUGAGGGAAUGGAGGACUAUCAGAAGAUGUCCGUACCAUACGUCUUUGAGCGACUGGUUGUGGCAGAUAGAGCGGCCGCGCGCAAGGUCGGUAAAGAAGGGAUGCCGGCUUUCUCGUCCGCGUUCGAACUGGGUGGUUCAACACACUGGUGGGAGCCUGUGCGUAGGAGUCUGGCGCAGUUCCUAGACGAGUAUGAAGUCAAACCGAAGGCCAAGAAGUCCGUGACGUAUCUGUAUUCGCAAACAGUGCCUAGUACCCCGAAGCUUGAGUCAGCCGACCACAACGCCCUUGUCGAAGCGCUGCAAAAGAUGGGCAAGAGCCACGGAUACGAGGUGCAUAUCGUCUCAAUAGACACGAGUCAGACGAAUUGGGUCGAUAGGAUGACUGCCAUCGUCAAGUCAUCGGUCGUGCUCGGUGUGCACGGAAGCCAUCUGAUGGACAGCGUCUUUAUGCUACCCGGGCCUUUCUCGACGUUAAUGGAGUUCUUCCCUGAGGAUAAGUUUGCACGAGACAUGCAACUUGCUGCCCAUUUGAUUGGACUGCGGUAUCAGGGAUGGCAAGGCAAAAGAUCUCUCACAAACGAUCCUUCUACGGUUACCCCACCAAAAAGCGAACCUGUGUCUAUUGAUGUCCCCGCAGUCGUCCAGGCGAUACGAGAGGUGCUCUCUCGUGACGCAAAAUGA